GUAUUAGAGAGGCGAGGGUGAGCCUAUACAGUGUAUAUAUUUAUCGUCAUUUUGCCGUAGGUGUGCUGGGGGGAGAGGGAAGAGGUUUGAUCCAAAGACGGACGUCCCCCAUCUCGCCCUGCAUCCCCAUCCCUACCCCCUCCCUGCUUUCCGUUAGAAACCCAGCGAGGAAAUACAUGCACUCGCUGGGAAUCGCCAGAGCCAGGGCGAAGCACUACAAGGUGUAGGUAGGGUGUAGGCGUGUGUGUGUGUGUGUGUGUGUGUGUGCGCGCUUGAGUGUGAGCCUGAGAGAGGUGGGCGGGAGAGGGGGGACCCAGGCGUCCCCGUCCCUCCCGCCCCAAGAAGACCCCCACCGUCCCAACUCCUCCUCCCAGCUCAGAGAACCCUUGUUUAUUUUUCGCUAAACUCUUGGGUUGAGUGACCCCGGCCCUUUUGCUCCCUAUCCCUACACCCCACCCUCACCGGCCCUCCUUCGACCAUGGUAGUUUUCAAUGGCCUCCUGAAGAUCAAGAUCUGCGAGGCCGUGAGCCUGAAACCCACAGCCUGGUCAUUGCGCCAUGCGGUGGGACCCCGGCCUCAGACGUUUCUGUUGGACCCUUACAUCGCCCUCAAUGUCGAUGACUCGCGCAUCGGACAGACGGCCACCAAGCAAAAGACCAAUAGCCCGGCUUGGCACGACGAAUUUGUCACCGACGUCUGCAACGGGCGAAAGAUUGAAUUGGCCGUCUUCCACGAUGCCCCCAUCGGGUACGACGACUUCGUUGCCAACUGCACCAUCCAGUUUGAGGAACUGCUGCAGAACGGGAGCCGUCACUUCGAGGACUGGAUUGAUUUGGAACCAGAAGGAAGAGUGUAUGUGAUCAUCGAUCUCUCUGGGUCAUCAGGUGAAGCACCCAAAGACAAUGAGGAGCGAGUGUUCAGGGAGCGGAUGCGGCCGAGGAAACGGCAGGGGGCGGUCCGUCGCAGGGUCCAUCAGGUUAACGGCCACAAGUUCAUGGCCACCUACCUUCGGCAGCCCACCUAUUGUUCUCACUGCAGAGACUUCAUCUGGGGUGUCAUAGGAAAACAGGGAUACCAAUGUCAAGUUUGCACUUGUGUGGUUCACAAGAGAUGCCAUGAGCUUAUAAUAACGAAGUGUGCGGGCUUAAAGAAACAGGAAACACAUGAUGAGGUGGGCUCCCAGCGGUUCAGCGUCAACAUGCCCCACAAAUUCAGUAUCCACAACUAUAAAGUCCCAACUUUCUGUGACCAUUGUGGAUCCUUGCUCUGGGGUCUCUUGCGACAAGGUUUGCAGUGCAAAGUCUGCAAGAUGAAUGUACAUCGGCGCUGUGAAACAAACGUUGCACCCAACUGUGGGGUAGAUGCCAGGGGGAUUGCUAAAGUGCUGGCAGACCUGGGAGUCACUCCAGACAAAAUCACCAACAGUGGCCAGAGGAGGAAAAAGCUAAUUGCAGGUGCUGAGUCUCAGCAGCCAGUCCCUGGGAGCUCCCCAUCUGAAGAAGAUCGAUCUAAGUCAGCGCCCACCUCCCCUUGUGAUCAAGAAAUCAAAGAACUUGAAAACAACAUUAGGAAGGCCUUGUCAUUUGACAAUCGAGGGGAGGAGCACCGGGCGGCGGCGUCAACAGAUGGUCAACUGGCCAGCCCUGGAGAGAACGGUGAGGUCCGGCAGAGCCAGACGAAGCGAAUGGGCCUAGAAGAGUUCAACUUCAUCAAGGUGUUAGGCAAAGGAAGCUUUGGCAAGGUGAUGCUAGCAGAGCUCAAGGGCAAAGAUGAGGUGUAUGCUGUGAAGGUCCUAAAGAAAGAUGUCAUCCUUCAGGAUGAUGAUGUAGAUUGCACCAUGACAGAAAAGAGGAUUCUAGCCCUAGCACGAAAACACCCCUACCUAACACAACUCUACUGCUGCUUCCAGACUAAGGAUCGCCUCUUUUUCGUCAUGGAAUAUGUAAAUGGAGGAGACCUGAUGUUUCAAAUUCAACGUUCCCGCAAAUUUGACGAACCUCGGUCCCGAUUCUAUGCUGCAGAGGUCACAUCGGCCCUCAUGUUCCUUCACCAACAUGGCGUCAUCUACAGGGAUUUGAAACUGGAUAAUAUUCUUCUCGAUGCAGAAGGUCACUGUAAGCUGGCUGAUUUUGGGAUGUGUAAAGAAGGGAUUUUGAAUGGUGUGACCACGACCACCUUCUGUGGGACUCCUGAUUACAUUGCACCAGAGAUACUUCAGGAGUUGGAGUAUGGCCCCUCAGUGGACUGGUGGGCCCUAGGAGUGCUGAUGUAUGAGAUGAUGGCUGGGCAGCCCCCUUUUGAAGCCGACAAUGAAGAUGACCUCUUUGAGUCUAUCCUCCAUGAUGAUGUGCUCUACCCAGUCUGGCUCAGCAAAGAAGCUGUCAGUAUUCUCAAAGCAUUCAUGACGAAAAAUCCCAAUAAGCGAUUGGGCUGUGUGGCAACGCAGAGCGGUGAGGAAGCCAUCCGACAGCAUCCCUUUUUCAAGGAGAUUGACUGGGUGCUGCUGGAGCAAAAGAAGAUCAAGCCCCCUUUCAAACCUCGCAUUAAAACCAAAAGAGAUGUCAAUAACUUUGAUCAAGACUUUACCCGGGAAGAACCAGUUCUCACGCUCGUUGAUGAAGCAAUUGUGAAGCAGAUCAACCAAGAGGAAUUUAAGGGGUUCUCCUAUUUUGGAGAUGAGCUGCUCCCUUAAGAAGCUGCCCCAGGAUACAUGAUUUGGGAGACUGCAGGAAGGGUUUCCACAAAAGUCAAAUUUCCUGAGAUUCAGUAAUUCAUGAACUAUAUCUGCCAAGAGCCCACACCCUCACUUACAACUCUAUUUAUUGCAUUCCUGCUCCCAUCACCCUUGGGCUCAACCUAGCCCAGCCUGGCCCACCUGCUACCUUGUGACCCAAAGGCAUUCUUAAGUUCUGUUUCACCAAGGACCACAAAAUCACUUUGUCCCAGAAAUUGUAGAUGUAACACACUGCCAUAUUUUUUACCAUUUGCAAGUCUGGUUUUACUCCUAGGCGUCACUUGUCAAGAAUGCAAAUUUCAUGCUUUUUAGUGGACAGGAGAAAGGAAGGAGGAGAAGGAGGAGGAGGAGGAGGAGGAGGAAGAUGAAGAAGAAGAAGAAGAAGAAAUUAACAUUUUUGGCAAUGAAGAGAUGACAAAUCUCACUUCUCAUAAACUUUUGUAUCUCAAGAAAGGAAUCACUAUUAAUUUUUUAAUGUUGAUUUGAUUUCCCAUUAAAUUGCAUUUGGAAUUAGUAGAACAUUUGAAAAAAAUCAAACUGGGUAAAGAUAAGAAACCUUAAUGUCAUGUCAGUAGCUGUUAAAGGGCUAAAAUGCAAUGAAAACAAAAUUAUCCAAAGUCAAUAUAAAACAUUAUAGCUUUUAGAGAGGGCACUUCAUAGGGGUUUCCAUGUGUUUAUAGACAGGUGAACAUGCAACACUUCUCCCAGCCAGUGAGGUUCCGCCUGAACACAUGUGCCAUUGAAGCAAGAGCCAAAAACACUGGUGAUCUAGGGGAACCUCAGUUCCAAAAUUCUGUUCCCGGUUUUUGGUCCUAAUGAUCCUGCAUCAACUAUUUAUAUUUAUUUUUCACUGCAGUGUGUUACUUUUGCACACUUUUAUAAAAUCAUAGUACUACUAUGUCGUGUUGUGUGUGUGUGUGUGUGUAUGUGUGUGUUUUUAAUUAACUGUAUAAAACUGAAUCUAAAACCUCUGCUUUGGGAAGAAGCAGGAGAAAGCAAAACAUGGCGGAAGGUCAACUUAUGUGAAUAGUGACCGUUUGGUGGGGUGCACUCAUGUGGCGAUAUGAAAUGGUAACUUAUGCGAAUGCCGCAAAAUGACCGUGAAGUUACCGCCUGUAGAUAUGCUAACAGUGUUAUAGACUUUGAUUUCCAAGUAUUCAUCCCCUGUGAUUUUGUGUACUUUGAGCGCAGAGGUCAUUUGAUUAUCUAUUUUACUGAAUCCAUCCUGCAGCAAACAGAAUCCAUGCUAAGUAUUGUACAUGGAUUCCCUAGCUGCUUCCCCAUAUACAUAUACAUAUAUAUAUAUAUAUAAAUAUAUACAUACAUAUAUAUAUAAAUAUAUACAUAUAUA